CCACGCUCUGCUACGUGGCUCUAUAACUCUCUCCUUCUAAUCAUCCCGCCCUUUUUAUACCCCCAAGAACCCAAACCCUUUCCUUCAGCAAGCAAGCAAAGCUUAGAAUCUUCAUCUCGCCCAACCUUCGUGUUUUACACCUCAGACAACAUUUCUCAUCACUCCCAUCGUGGCUUUUAGAUCAAUGGUGGGUUACUGGAAAUCAAUGGCUAGUCGCUUAAGAGGAACGGCGACAUAUGCAACAUCAACCCCACCAAAACUGAAGUCAUAUGCAGCAACAGCUGAUCAAUUCGGACAUCAGUAUCAUCAAGAAAGCAAGCACAGCAAGAAGGUAAGAGGUGACUUUGUGCCAGUUUAUGUAGCAAUAGGGAUGAUAACUGUCUCAAUAUCUCUUGGUCUUUACACUGCCAAGCAACAAGUACUGUAUGCACCGAAUGUUCGUGCAAGGAAGAAGACACGAGAGACUGUACCUGAAGUGGUUGAUCCUGAUAAAGUGGUGGAUGAAGCUGAUAAGUUUAUCAAGAAAUCUUUCUUCAGGAAAGUAGCACAUGUUCAAGAGUUUGAUCACAAUGGGCUCCAGUAUUUGCCUGAUCCUUUUCGUAAAGACGUUUUCGCUCAAAAGCCUCGUGCUGAGACCCUUAAAGAUGUUGGGGUUGAUCCUAAAUCACAGCUUUGAGCUGUUCUGGAAAAAAUGCAUCUCUUCUGCUCUUCCUUUUCUUUUUCUUUUUCCAUUUCCCAUGUUCCUUCUUAGGGUUAACCUCCUGCUUGUGCAGGAGGGAGGGAAUAUGCUGGACCUCCUUACUUGACCGAUGCGAUUCUAAAUACAAGUGAUUAAAAUAAAGUCUAUUGUCCAUGUCCUUCCGAGACUUUGGGCUA